UCUUUUCAACCAAUGUAAAUGUAAUGUAAUGUAAAUGCUCGAUGAAUUAUUGCCAGGCACAGGCAGUUUGUUAAUAAACAAAACAAAACAAAACAAAACAAAACAAAGCAAAACAAAAUCCUCCCAUCAUCAUCGUGCCGAAGACUCUCCGACAGCCUCUUCUCUUCUCUUCUCUUCUCUUCUCUUUCCCUUUCCCUUUUCAAAGAAAAUCCUUAACCCCAUUUCUCUACUGCGAUAGAACCCUAGAAUCCCCCCAUCCAUUACAAAAUCAUUUCGCUCUGGAUUCAUUCACCACUUCUCUCGCUUGACCCCUCGGUUCUCUCUCCUUUCCCUCUCUCACAAUUCCGGCUGGCGACCUACCGAGUGAUCCUAUCCUUUGAUUCGCUUCGGGUUUAAUACGACCAGUGGGCGAUGUCGAACUUGUACGCCGAUUACAAUCAGAAGAUAGACUACGUUUUCAAGGUCGUCCUCAUCGGCGACUCCGCUGUUGGCAAGUCCCAGCUCCUCUCUCGUUUCUCUCGCAACGAAUUCAGUUUAGAUUCCAAAGCCACCAUCGGUGUUGAAUUCCAGACUAAAACCCUCACCAUCGAUCACAAGACCAUCAAGGCUCAGAUUUGGGAUACUGCCGGCCAGGAAAGGUAUCGAGCAGUCACAAGUGCGUAUUACAGAGGUGCAGUAGGAGCUAUGUUGGUAUAUGACAUAACUAAGCGGCAAUCUUUCGAUCACGUGGCUAGAUGGUUGGAUGAAUUACGGAGCCAUGCAGACAAAAAUAUAGUAAUCAUGCUUGUUGGCAACAAGACUGAUCUUGGGACCCUUCGAGCGGUGCCCACUGAUGAUGCCAAAGAGUUUGCCCAAAGGGAAAACCUCUUCUUUAUGGAGACGUCAGCCCUUGAGUCCACGAAUGUUGAAUCAGCUUUCUUGACAGUGUUGACUGAGAUAUACCGGAUAAUCAGCAAAAAGGCUCUUGUUGCCAAUGAAGAACUAGGGUCUGGAGGAAAUACAUCACUCCUCAAAGGAACCAAGAUUGUUGUCCCAGGACAGGAGCCGCAGCCGCAAGGGAGGAACAUGAACUGUUGCACGUCUUCAUAAGAUUCUGCUGCUGCCGGUGUCCCUCCAAAUGCCUUGAGUAGCACAGCUCUCAGUGCUCUACACAGCUUCCGGUUCUUGUCUGGACGUUAACCUGAAUUGCUUUAUAUCUCAUACAGUCCCAUACUUGUCUUUACUGAUAGCUUCACAAAGUUUGCACGGCCAAAUUGGCAUGCAGGGUAACCAGAGUUCCUUCCGGUAAAGGAGGAUUAUUGGCUUGUAGAGUCUGCAGAUGUUAAUUAAAUGAUGUGAUGGAUUGUGCAUUACAAGUCACUUAAAUAGUUGAUUGCUACCACGAAAUUUGCCUUCAGUUUCCAGUAUUUCAUUUUCUUCUAAA